UGUAGUCUAUUAUUUUGUGGAAAAUCUCAUCGUCAAAGUAGAAUCCCCCAGGGGAGGUGCUCCAGAGUUUUAACUUUUAACCAUAUCUAGCACUUAACGCUGCGUAUAAAAUUUACAAAUAUACAACUUUGACAAUUUUAUUUAGAAGAAACUCUUAUUAAUGUUUUGAAUCUUUUUUUUUUGAUCAAAAUAAUGUUUUGAAUCUAAUCGUUGAAAACAACGAGGCAAAAACGAUGGGGGGUGGUUAUGGAUUUCAUAUCUGUCUCCGUAUUUUCGAUGUUUGUUUGUUGUCGUUAUAAAUAACUGACAGUUUUCUUUCAUAUUAAUCUCCAACAGGCACAUAUCGCUGCGGAUGAUUCACAAAACUUAAGAAAAAAAUUGCGUAUAUAAUCCGUGAAGUCAGUUGGUAAUUUCAGUAAUGUACGGUGGAAGAAGGGUAUCACUGCAUGAGAUCAAAAUGGUUAAAGUGUCUAUUGAAAGGGAGGAUAACGACCUCAAAAACAACCAUUAUAAAGAAUGUUAUUAUGCUGGAGGCUCAAGUGAAUAUAUCAGUUGCCUCAAUCCUGAUAAGAAACCACUUCAUGAUGUGAUGGGUUUCAAAAGAGAGUUAAAUGGUAUCAUCAUGGACAUUGCACUUCAAUGGUACGUAGAUGGAUAUUCAGACACAAUGCUAGGAUAUGCUAAUGGCAUCCGCACCAACGAUGGUGGAACGCAUAUAGACGGUGUGAAAGCUUCGAUAACAAGAACUCUUAACAGCUUUGCGAAACAGUCCAAGGUUUUCAAGGAAGAGGAUGUUACUUUCAGUGGGGAGCAUGUUAGGGAAGGACUGACCUGUGUUGUCUCAGUUAUUGUUCCAAAUCCCGAGUUUGAAGGUCGAACACAGACGAGAUUAGGGAAUCCAUAUAUCAGAGAAAUUGUUGAUCAAUCAGUCCAGAUGUACUUAACGGAGUAUUUUGAAUUGCAUCCAGAUGUGCUUGAGAGCAUUCUCUCCAAAUCUUUUAACGCUUAUAAGACUGCAUUGGCUCUCAAGAGGGUAAGAGAAGUGAUUAGAUCAAAUAGUGUAUCAACGCCAUGCACCAUUUCUGAGAAACUAACCAACUGCUCUUCUGAGAAACCUGAGAUUUUAGUAGGCAGAGGAGUUAUUUCUGGUGGCGCUGCAAAACAUGGUUGUGACUCUCUUGAUAAGCGUUUCCAAAGCAAAAGGAUGCGUGAACAGCCUCGACGUAAUAGUGCAGUCUCUACAGCUCAUGGAAAGUCUUUAGAGAAUACUAGUGAUUCAAGCUCUGACAAGAAGCGCCAAAAAACGGCCGCUGCUUCAAACCCACGAAACAGUAAAGAUGUUAGCGUCAAGAGUGACAAAGGUGGAUCCCCUGGUUCAGACAAAAUCAAACAUAUCCCAGUAGGUCAUGUUUUCCAGGCUGAGAUACCAGUUUGGAUUGCGCCAACCAAGAAGGGCAAAUUCUACGGCAGCCCCGGAGAUUCUGACACACUUAGGUGGCUAGGAACUGGUGUCUGGCCAACGUACAGCCUCAAGAAGAAAGCUCACUACAAAAAAGUCGGCGAAGGAAGAAAGGACACGUGUUCUUGCGCUUCUCCAGGAUCAACCAGUUGCAUAAAGCAACACAUUAGAGAAGAAAGGGAGCUUCUAGAGAAAGAUAUAGGGCGUGCUUUCUAUACUUGGGAGUUUGAUGAAAUGGGUGAAGAAGUGGGAUCAAAAACAUGGACGUCCAAAGAAGAGCAAAAGUUCAAAUCUCUUGUGAAGAAUAAUCCUUUGUCAAGUUGUGAUGGGUUUUGGAAGAUUGCUUCCAAGUCUUUCCCAAGGAAAAGUGAGAAAGAUCUCACUAGUUACUACUACAAUGUUUUCCUCAUCAGACGUAUGAGAUUGCUUGCUAAGUCUUCUUCUGCUGACCACAUCGAUAGUGAUGAUGACCAAAAUGAGCACUUCUUAGGUGGAUGAACAUGUUCCUUUUCCUAGUAAGCUCUUUGGUCAUAGGAUCCUUAUAGGGCAAAAGCACCAAUCCAAAUGUGUUUUCUUUUUCUUCUCAAAAACUAUACAUCUUUGUUUUCUUCUUCAUGACCUUUGAGAGUUUGAAAUAUUUUAAAUUUGGAAUUUCUGAGUUAGGGCUUUAAAAGUCUAGGAUUAUCUUUUUAGUUCUUCUCCUUUCUAAUUUGUAUUACCUUUUUUCAUUGCAAAAACUUAACAUCCUUGUUGACCUACC